GGGCACAAGGAGACUUCCAAAGUCCAGCCCCUCACUCUCCUGGAAACCAGCCCAGAACCUCCACCCUCUGACACCAUGGUCAACUCCUGUUGUGGCUCCAGCUGCUGCCAGCCUUGUUGCUGCCCCACCUGCUGCAGGACCACCUGCUGCAGGACCACCUGCUGCCGCCCCACCUGCUGUGUGUCCAGCUGCUGCCACCCCUGCUGCAGGGGAUCCAGCUGCUGUGGCUCCAGCUGCUGCCAGCCUUGCUGCCGCCCCACCUGCUGCCAGACCACCUGCUGCAGGACCACUUGCUGCCGCCCCAGCUGCUGUGGUUCCAGCUGCUGUGGUUCCAGCUGCUGCAGGCCCAGCUGCUGCAUCUCUAGCUGCUGCCGGCCUUGCUGUGGGGGUUCCAGCUGCUGUGGCUCCAGCUGCUGCCAGCCUUGCUGCCACCCCACCUGCUGCAGGACCACCUGCUGCCACCCCACCUGCUGUGUGUCCAGCUGCUGCCGCCCCUGCUGUGGGGGUUCCAGCUGCUGUGGCUCUAAUUGCUGUGGCUCCAGCUGCUGCCAGCCCUGCUGCCGCCCCACCUGCUGCCAGACCACCUGCUGCAGGACCACCUGCUGCCGCCCCACCUGCUGUGUGUCCAGCUGCUGCCGCCCCAGCUGCUGCAUCUCUAGCUGCUGCCAGCCCUGCUGUGGGGGUUCUAGCUGCUGUGGCUCCAGCUGCUGCCAGCCUUGCUGCCGCCCCACCUGCUGCCAGACCACCUGCUGCCGGACCACCUGCUGCCGCCCCACCUGCUGUGUGUCCAGCUGCUGCCGCCCCAGCUGUUGCUAGACCCCCUGCCACCACCCAACCUGCUCUAGUGGCUCUUGCUGCUGCUGAGUGCCCUGACCUGCACCCUGCUGUUUUCAUCAGCCAAUCUCCUUCAUGUCGUCCAACUGGGAGCUGAAUCAUGUGAGGCCAACUGUAAAACCUCAGUUCCCAGUGAUUUUCAACUUAGUUGGCUUCUGAAUAUACCCUCCUCUGCCACCCUCCCACCUCCUUGUUACUAUCUCCAUCCCAAAUCAAUACAAAGGUUGAAUUUUCUCUGAUAUCUGUUAACAUGUCAUCCUAAUUGAUAUAUCUGUUUACUGCCAGAUUUUCUGAUAUGGAGAUGUUUCUAUAUGUGAAAUAAAUCUUAACUUUCCCGGCAUACAAAUAUAAGAAAU